UAGUGCACGGCCUGGUGUGUAUAACAUCCAGCGCCCAUUGAGCAUCGCGGAUGUUGGUGAUUCAACGGCGUUUCAAGAUGUUUACCAAGGACCGGGUGUGUGGGGUCCUGUGUUUGUGCUUCUGUGUCACAGUGACACUAUGCACUGAGGGAAUACAGGAUUUUGGCGUGAACGUCAACAGCGACGGCACCUACAACGUCGUUGUCCAGGGAGACGUGUGGCUGAAGAGCGCUCCCAUCUUCUUCAGAUCUGACGGUAAAGUCUUCACCACAGCUGAUGGGUCACUGAAGCUGGUCAAGAACACUCUGUCCAGUGGUGUGGACUUUAUUGGGCAGUGGCAGUCCAACAGCUUCCUGUACCAGGCAGGGUCCAGUCAGAUCGAGGCCAGCUUUGUACAGUACACACCGGAUAAAAGCAUCUUCACCUACAACAAUCCCGCCAUACCGUUCAUGCUCUUCAAACAGCGUUACACCAACGGAGCCAACAACACCGCCACCAACAGCAACUACACUAUAUCUGGUUUUCCCGGAUUCGAAAUUCAAGCGUCUACUCUUCCCUUGGGGUACCUAAAUUAUGCAGGAAAUAUGUUUGGGCAAACCCAUCUACAUAUUGGACAAUGGGGUCCGUCAUCAUUUAAUAUCAUGGACGGAGUCAGAGGCGGCCCUCUUGCACUAUUUGAUCGAGUGAAGACAGCAAAUACGCUGAUUGUCUCCCCUGCAAGUCAGUUUAUGUCGUCAUCAAUAUGGCGCCAGGACGCAAGUACCGGCGGUGACAACGUCUACUGGGGGACGAUGGGGGGAGUGGAGAAUGUCCCUGUAGAUGUAGAAAACAGUUUUAUUCUUUUCUGUGGCAACCAAGGCAUUAACAAGGCUUUCGUGAGCUGGGGACAAAUUUUACAAAAAUGGUACGGUCGGACGGACGAGUAUGUCAAGUCUGACUUCAUUGUCAACUACUUGGGGUACUGGACCGACAAUGGUGCAUAUUAUUACAACCACCCGGAGGAGGGGAAGAACUACCAGGAUACAGUGCUGGAUGUCACGAGCUACAUUAAACAGCUCGGGGUACCCGUCAGGUACUUCCAGUACGACGAGUGGUGGUACUAUGACGACAGUAACCAUGGUGUUAUCACAUGGGCAGCUCAACCAAGCGUCUUUCCCAAUGGAAUGCAGUGGCUGUACAACAAGACGGAGCUUCCUGUCAUUGCCCACAGCAUGUUCUGGUCCAGCAACACAACAUAUGCAAAGGCUAAUGGAGGGAAGUACGACUUCCUGAUAGAUGGUGAAAAGUCAUUGCCCUUGGAAGAGAGAUUUUGGACUGAUUUGCUCGCGGAUUCAAGGAAAUGGGGUUUGUUAGUCUAUGAACAGGAUUUCCUCGAUAUUGAAUUUGAACAUGUUCGUAAACUGUGGAGCGAUAUCGACCUGGCCCGACAAUGGCUGCAUCAGAUGGGGAAUGGCGCCGCAAAGAACGGCCUGACGGUCCAGUACUGUAUGGCGCUGCCUCGUCACGCGAUGCAGUCGCUGGAGAUACCAGUCGUCACACAGGCCCGCGUUAGUGGCGACUAUACACCGGGCACCGCCAACUGGAAACUGGGGAUCUCGUCAAUAUUUGCCUAUGCCCUCGGUAUUGCACCUUCCAAGGACAACUUCUGGACAACCGGCGUUCAACCCGGAAGUAAAUACGGCAAUAGAACGGAGCCGUGCACGUCCCUGAACGCUCUGGUGGCAACCCUGAGUACGGGUCCAGUAGGAAUCAGUGACAUGGUUGGGGGCACGAACAAGACGCUCGUCAUGAAAUGUGUUAAUGCUGACGGCCUCAUCUUAAAACCAUCACGACCUGUGACGGCCAUCGAUAACAUGAUACGCAAGUGGGCUUGGCCAGACUUUGAGGGUCCAGACGGGGAGGUGUGGUCCACGUAUUCAGAUUUUGGGGGCAAGAACAAGUACGGCAUCAUCCUUGCCGCUGAGCUACAGGGAAGCUACACCAUGACGCCAUGCAUGGCUGGAUUCCAAGGGUUUCCCCUUUCGAUGGUAUUCCCGGCUAAUGACCCCAGCAAGAUCCAACCUCUGACUGAUCCCCAGCCCCUGACUAUGAGUGGCUGCACCUGUAAGGACUUUCAUCUCUUCUAUGUAUCCCCGGUACUGAAGAUAAAUGGCAAACAAGUGCUGAUCCAGGGUGAGUUGGACAAAUGGGUGCCGAUGUCGCCGCAGAGAGUGACGGACAUUAACGUUGCAGACGACAUCACCAUCAGUCUCACUGGAGCUUCCCGCGAAACUGUCAAGUUCUGGUUCAAUGUGGACGGUGUCUCCUCACCUUUGACCUGUACUCUCGGACCAGGCGGUCAAGCAAUCCUAAGCUUCACAGCUGGUGCAUGUCGUGGACUAUAAUGCGCAUAGCAUAAAAGAUGGAAUACGUGUGCUUGUAUACACUACUGGUCAAAACAUACUACAUGCUGUUGGUGAUUGCAAUGAAUUUCUAUGAUUUGCCUAUGGUAAAUUGAUUAAAUGUAAAAGUAUUUC